AUGCCAGAAGGGGGGUUUUGGGACAAAACCUCCAUGGCAGCAUUCGUGUGCCUAGCCGCUCUGGAAGAUAAUGUGUGUAAAGCAGAAGUGACGGAUGAAGAAGGUACAGAAGAUAAAGUUGGAGUAGUAGCCAUUGGUAUUAAAACUUAUCGCUUCACUGGUUCAAAAUCAGAAUCAUUAUUUCUACAACGAUUAAAUCCACGUAAAAUUAGUUGGACAGUACUUUAUAGACGCAUGCAUAAAAAAGGUAUCACCGAAGAAAUUGAUAAAGGUUCUCGUGGACAACCUAAAAUAUCAAAACAACAAGCUCGUGGUGCACAUCAAAAAGUUGCAGCAAAGAGUCGUUAA